GGUGUAAAUUUAGAGUUCGAUGAGAGCUUCUUCUUCAUAAGCCACUGUGCCUAAUCGCCCAUUUCCUUCCAAUUUUCCGGCGAAAUCUGUCUAUCAUCAACUAAUUCACGGCCACCAAGUGGUAUUCUUCAAUUUGAUAGUCGAGGAUCUUGUAUCAGCUAGGGUUAUCCAUGGCUUCCGCAAUUCUGAAGCGUGUCAACGCCUCCGCAAUGAGCUCGCUGGUUGAAUCUAUGCGAAUCCGAGCUUCAUCACGAGCCUUUGCGGCGGUGGCGGUCGGGACUGAUAUCGUAUCCGCCGCACCGGAUGCUGCUCUCCAGAAGGCUCGGAGCUGGGACGAAGGUGUCUCCUCCAAGUUCUCAACGACUCCGCUUAAAGACAUUUUCAAGGGCAAGAAGGUCGUCAUCUUUGGGCUUCCUGGUGCAUAUACAGGAGUUUGUUCCCAGCAGCACGUUCCUAGCUACAAGAAUAAAAUGGAUGAGUUCAAGGCUAAGGGAAUUGAUUCUGUUAUUUGCGUGUCUGUAAAUGACCCAUAUACUCUCAAUGGCUGGGCUGAGAAACUUGAAGCGAAAGAUGCUAUACAAUUUUACGGUGACUUCGAUGGGAGCUUUCACAAGAGCCUGGAACUGGAUAAAGAUCUUUCUGUUGCUUUGCUCGGCCCUCGUUCUCAAAGAUGGUCAGCCUAUGUUGUAGAUGGGACGGUUAAGGCUCUUAACAUAGAGGAAGCUCCAUCUGACUUUAAGGUUACCGGGGCAGAGGUCAUUUUGGAUCAAAUUUAGAGUCAGUUUCAUGGAACCAGCACAAUCUCUUGGAUUCCAAAUAAGAUCAUGCCUGUACAUGAGUAAUGUAUCCCAGAGGCUUUCUUUUUUUGGUUGGUUUUCUUAAGUUAAUCCCAGGUGAUGAUAGCUUGGACGCUUGGAUUUCAGUAAUUGUUCUUCGUAUAUAAAAUGUUUUUGACUUGGAUUCAGAAACUGGCGAAUAUGGAAAUGAGAAUUCUCCCUUCCUUAGUUUUCUA